AUGCCAGAAUCAUUAAAGCAUGAAGACAGUUCUCUGGAGAAGAAGUCCGUAGCGCUUGUUAAAAGUUUAAGAAAGAAAUUGACAGAGAACAACUACGACUAUUCAUCGUAUGAAACUAAAAGGAUCAUAUACAAACGCGCCGAAUCCAGGGAAAAUGUUAGCUCGACAGAAACUGACAGCAAAUACCGGGAAAACUCCUUACAUCCGGAAAAUACAUCUUCUUAUUCAGUCGCAGAACGUGAUGCUCACGAAAUCUCCAAGAACGAUCUACUGUACUACAUAGAUGACCGACACCUGACUGAACCUGAGCAAAAUACUGUUAGAUAUAAGAUUUUAAAGAUGAAACACAAAUCACGACGCAUGGGGACUAACACACUAAUCCAAGAAGAGAGCAAAAAUGGCAUAGCCAUCUUGAAUCUUGGAGGAGGACCUAUCCCAGAGUUUAGACUACCGAAGUCACGGCGUCAGUAUAUGCAAGACCAUGGUAGGCUUACAAGUGUGGAAGAUGAGUUACCACCGCCAACCGCCAUGAACAACAGUAACACAUCAGCGAUAUACAAAAACCCAUAUAUGGGAUUAAAAUAUAACGUUGAUGGAUCGUAUUUCCGUUUCGCUUUUUACAUUUCAGAUAAAACAGACUUCUUAGACGUUAUUAAAUCAAAUCUCAGAAGAAACAAUGACGACUACACUGACGCUCCAAUCUAUGAAACAAAAUCUUCAAGUAUGUUCCUGUCAACCGUUCCUACUUUAAAGAAGAUAUACAAUGUUAAAGGCGUCAGAAGAGCAAAUGUUAAUGCGCUUGAAAGCGAAGAUAUAGACGAGAAGCUCUUUUAUGAACUACAAAGGAAAGCAAUGAUAAACAACACAAGUGCCACACCGAAAAACAUUAUGAAAGACGCCAAAAUUACACCGAUUAUUGUUGAUCUGAAAGUAAACAAACUUUCUAUACCAAGCCAGCCGCAGAUAACAACGAAAAUGCGAACAUUUACAAUAACACAAAAUAGAAGUAAGAUAGAGAAAUUUCAAAUGUUCUUCGAAAAGAAUAAAGCGCUCUUUAAAGAGUUCUUAAGCAGCAAGAUAGCAGCACGAAAGCAAAUAGGCAGGCAAAACAAGGUGACUGGAAGACUUCUGAUUAAAGGCAAGAAAAUGAGACCGUGGAAAAAUGUUAAUAGAGCACAGAAUGGCGGAUGGCUGGAUGAUGCUAGCGGAAGUACAGUAGCGCCACAAUUGGAUCCUGAUAGACUGGACAUGUUGCCAGCUAUAGGGGGGAGGAUUCACUAUAGAAGAAUAAAGGGUCGCUUGUGCCAUCGUCACGUGCUGAUACCAGAAGGUCCAAAAUAUGAUAGCAAAGGUCGAAUUUACCUGCCUGCGCACGCGGAUAAGGUACGUCGACCCUACAAUGUGACCCGACGACACAAACUUGUCCUACCCAAAUGCUGUAAUUGCUGUAAAAAGUCAGUACUUGGAUGUGAAUAG